AUGUGCGGAAAUAUUAUCAUGUUGUACUUACGGGCAACGCUUGCAGUAUUUAUGAUGGCCAAUCUAAUGCACUGUGAGUCGGAGCAACAUGCAGAUAGAAACGUAGGUCUAACGUGCAGCGAAUUCCUCAACGGCAAGAAGGAGGGAACAAUUCACAACCCCAAAUACCCGAAAAAUGAUUAUGGUUCAAAAUUCUGCAAUUAUCAGAUUAGUGUUCCUUCCAACCAUCAAGUUGCUCUGACCUUCUCUGAGCUUGAAUCUUUGUUUAAUAACUUGGUAAUCUUUGUGUUCGACGGCCCCGAUUGUAUGUCCAGAUGGAUCGGAUUCCUGCGUUACUUGGAGAAUAAGGUUCUCAUUUCUUCUGGAAACAGUAUAACAGCAUUGCUGACCUUUGAACAUGAAGUUGAGCUUUGGCGAUUCAAAGGAAAUUAUUCCACAGACUACAGUCUUUAUUUAAAUGUCCGUGAAGCUUUGAAAUCAAAUGCGGUUAAAUCCAUGGAUUUGCUAUAA